CAGAAACCUACUAGAGCUAGUUCAAGUAAAAGAGUAUUUAAUGCAAAAACUCAGGAACUCUCACAAGGCCUGGAAUUAGGGACCAGAAAACCAGCAAGGAGAAGGCAGCCUCUGUGUCAGUCUGUCCAUCCUUUUGCUUUUUGUCCUCUUUCCUGGAUCACCCAGGUUCCUGUCUCUGUUCUUUCUAUCCAUCUGCCUCAUCCCCACCUUGCUAUCUGCUUAACCAUGUUCCUUGCCAGCACAUGGCUCCCAGUUCCCCAGCUCAAGCAGGCAGCUCAGCUGGGCACUUUCGCCCUGUGGCCCAAGCUCACAUUUCUCAGGAGUAGAACAUGAAAGACCAGCUUGGGAUGGUAUUCAGCAGUGUCCACACACCUGCUGCUUCAGGUGUGAUGGGAAGAGGAAAGUCAUGACUUCCUGGAGGAGAUAAUCUCAGCGAAGGGAAACUGCAGGUUGUAUGCCUGGUGCAGCUGUCAAGAAUCAUGGUCAGUGGUUGGUGCUAAGAAACCCAAACAAGGGUGGGGAUAGGAAGCUAGAGGCCUGAGGUGGCCAAGGCUAGAGGGAUGCUGAGCUCCAGAGGAUUAAAGAGACCAGUCCCCUGGGCUAGAUAGGAUCCCAGCCAUGGUUGUGGGACCAAGGGGUGCACCCCUGUGGGGGCCAAGCAGGAUGGGAGCAGAUGGGUGUCAGGGAAGCCCAGGAGCUUCCCAGGAAGCCCAGGAAGCUUUGGUGCAGAAGGACUAACCCCUAGGUACAGUUGGUCACGGGGUGGGAUGGGACAGCCUUCAGAAUGUCUGUGGCUGCCACAACACCUUGAAAGGACCCCAGCUGGUCUCUGUCCUCAAAGGGAGAAGCGGAUUAUGGGAGACAACCGUGUUUUUCAGGAAAGAUGAACCGACUGUACAACUCAAUGAAGCCCAGAGUGAUGGACAACAACAUGCUCAAGCUGGCUGUUGGGGAGCAGGGCCCACGGCAGGAGGCUGGGCAGCUGGCCAAGCAAGAAGGCAUCCUCUUCAAGGAUGUCCUGUCCCUGCAGCUGGACUUCGAGAACAUCCUCCGCAUAGACAACCUUUGGCAGUUUGAGAACUUGAGGAAGCUACAGCUGGACAAUAACAUCAUUGAGAGGAUUGAGGGCCUGGAGAACCUCACACACCUCGUCUGGCUGGACCUAUCCUUCAACAACAUCGAGACCAUCGAGGGGCUGGACACACUGGCGAAUCUGGAGGACCUGAGCUUGUCCAGCAACCGGAUUGCCAAGAUCGACUCUCUGGAUGCCCUUGUCAAGCUGCAGGUGCUGUCGCUGGGCAACAACCAGAUCGGCAACAUGAUGAACAUCAUCUACCUGCGGCAGUUCAAGGCCCUGCGGACACUCAGCCUCUCUGGGAACCCCAUUGCCGAGGAAGAGGAUUAUAAGAUGUUCACCUGUGCCUACCUUCCUGACCUCGUGUACCUGGACUUCAGGCGCAUCGAUGACCACAUGGCAAAGCUGGCAGCGAUCAAGCACCAGUACAGCAUUGAUGACCUGAAGCACCAGGAGAACCUCACUCAGGCCCGGCGGGAGGAUGAGCAGGCCCGGCAGGAGGAUCUAGAGGAGCACAAGGCUGCAUUUGUCGAGCACCUGAAUGACUCCUUCCUGUUUGACAGCAUGUAUGCUGAGGACAUAGAGGGCAACAAGCUGGGCUGUCUGCCUGGUGUCAGGGAGCUCUUUGAGACCUACAAGGACAAAUUUGUCAUCAUCUGCCUGAACAUUUUUGAGUAUGGCCUGAAACAGCAGGAGAAGCGGAAAGCGGAGCUUGACUCCUUCGACGAGUGCAUCCAGGAGGCCAUCCAGGACAACCAGGCGCAGGGCAAAUACCGGAUUGCCCAGUUCGAGGAGAAGCACUUGCUGAGUUUAAGUGCCAUUCGAGAUGAGUCUGAACUGAUCAACAUCGAGAAGAAGAUAGAGGAAUACAGCGAGGACAUCACUGAGCUGUUCAACGUGCUCAUGACGCUGGAGAUGCAGUUGGUGGAGCAGCUGGAGGAGACUAUAAACAUGUUUGAAAGGAACAUCAUCGACUUAGUGGGACUCUUCAUUGAAAACGUCCAAAGCCUGAUGGCUCAGUGCCGGGACUUGGAGAACCACUACCACGAGAAGCUCCUGGAGACCUCCAUCAACACUCUGGAGAAGAUAGUGAAGGGCGAGCUCGAGGAGGACCUGCCAGACGGCUUACGUGCGCUUUUUGUCAACAAAGGCACAAUUGUUAAUGCUGUUGGGGCAUCGCAUGACAUCCACCUCCUGAAGAUUGACAAUCGAGAAGAUGAGCUGGUGACCAGGAUCAACUCGUGGUGUACAAACUUAGUGGACAAGAUCCAUAAGGAUGAGAUCACCAGGAACCGCAAGCGAGUGAAGGAGAUCAAUCAAUACAUCGACCACAUGCAGAGUGAACUGGACAACAUGGAAGGCAGUGACAUCAUAGACUAGAGUGUCUGCCCAGAAGCUUCCUUUUGCAAACAUAGCACUGGGUCCAACCAGAACACACCCUUCACUGACUACCUCAGAAGUUAUCGGGAUUUUUCAACCCAUGACCCUAACAACACCAUUCUUCCCCCACCCCUGGAAAACUUCCAAAUGUAGAAAAAAAUACAGGAUUUAUGCCACUGUCUCUCCAUUGUUUAAAAAAAAAUAGCCAAAAUUCACAUUCAGAUGAGCAGGAGAAAAAGACAAAGACAACGGCACCUGGCCUUGCAGUUAACCAGUCUACUGAGCGUGACUCCCAAGGGGGGCUGCCCCUAGGCUAGACUUGCAGCUGUGGCCUUAUGUCAGCUGUGGCCCAACGCCAUCUCCUCUGACACGUCCAGGGCAGGCAGCUGCCAGCAGCCAUUGGAAACUGUUGUGGACCAAGACCUUCUCUCCUCCAGGUGCUGAGGAGCAAAACAGGGGAGCCCCCAGUCCCCAGCACAACACCAGGGUCUGGGCCAGCCCACAAAGGAGCUCCAAGAUUGACUGCAGGGACCUGAGGGCCCUCUGGAGGUAAAGGGUAUAGGCUGGGCCUCCCAUGCCACCUCUGCAGCCUGAGCUUCCUCUAUGAAGUGGGAUGUGACAGUGCCUCCUCUGGGCCAAGGGGUCAUGGGAAGCACAUGGGUAGUGUGGCUAGUGCCCCACCAAAGAGGUGACGCCUCUUCAUUACUUAGGUGAGUCAGGGCGGGCGGCUCAGGGAGGCUUCACUGCCUGCUGCGCAGACCCUUCCU